AUGGUCAAUUCCAGUUGCAGUAGAUUUUUUCGGGUUGAUGCACAUUGCUCAAGCAUUGAUGUAAAAAGUCAAUGGUAUAAGGAUGACCCAUUCGUUUUUCCAAGUCAAGUCCAACAAGUAUUCUACAUUGCAGAUACAAAGUUGGGAAAUAACUACAGAUUUGUUGUUGAAGAUCCUCCCAUCGUAACCUCUUUGAGGAGAAAUGAUAUUGAACCUGCAAUUAUUAGGGAGGAAGAAGAUCAUAGCGAUGAGGAUGAAGAAGACCUAAUGGGUGAUCUAGACGAUGAAGAAAAGAGGAAGAAAAUCAAAGUGAUUCUGAUGAUGAUUUUGACAGUUAUCUACAUGUAUGCUUACAUAUGGGUGACAAAGUAUGUGGUAGUUUGGAUACAAAUUAUUUACUCUUAUUUUGCAGGUGCAUCUUCAGUAAAGCGGCGGCGUGUGCGAGGGCCAACACGUGGAAAAAGAAUUAGAAGGAUAAUUGUUAAGAAUAAAGGGGAGAGGAUCCUAGCUUAUGUGACACCGGAAAUAAGAGUAUUUUGCGGAAACAAUGCAAACAAGGUGGCAAGUCAAGUAGGGACACAAAUUAGGUGGAUAUGUCCUAUUAUGGGAUUUUACCCCUUGUGGAAAAGUGUUGAUUCAACGUUGAAAGAUGCCAUCUUACAAGUGGUCCGGGAGAAAAUUAAAGUCACCGAAAAUGAAGUUGAGUCUACUGAGUUAGUUGAGGAAGUUUUUCAUGAAAAGGCAAAUCUACUCUACAAAGAUUGGAAAUGGAGAAUGGACGAUUUCUAUGCAAAGACAUUGUGCGAUAGCAAAGGCGCAUAUCAGCAUCCUUUUCAAGAGACACCCACAGAUGACUGGAAGUACAUGAUCGAUCAUGUAUUCAAGGAUCCAAAACGAAAGGUUAAUUGAAUACUUAUUGGAGUUACAUUUCCAACUCUAACUUAAUAUCUAACAAAUGAUUUUUUCAACCCCGCAAAGAUGCUAGCAAAUUAAAUAGAGAGGUCGUACCUUAUGGUC